AUGGAUGAUCGACUGAUUCGAACGAAUAACCAGUUAGCAAUAAACGGCUUGUUGAUAGUAACACUUGGUUUAAAAACACAUUUACAAAGCGGCUAUUGGCAUGUGGUACUGAAUAUGGAUCUUACUGUAGCUGUGACGCAGAAUUUCUGUUCGUCUGUAAAUUUUCCAACUGUAUGGACACGUGUCGUUCGCAGUCGUCCGAAAAUGUCAAAGAAGUUUUUGGAACGUUUGAAACGUCGUCGACCAGAUUUAGCACGGCUAACAGAGAAAAUCGACGUUAAUGGCGAUACGGGUCCACGAUCAGACACAUCAUCAUCGAGUAGUUCAUCUUCAUCAGCUGAUUCAUCGCCUGAUUCAACAGAUGAGAGCGAUACAGAAUCGAAACCAACAGGAAACCAUCAACGGUCUUUCGAAAAGGGCGAUGAAUCUGUUGUGAAAAAAAUACGUGUUUCUGAACAGCAAUGA